UAGACAACAAACCCGGAGAAGAAGAGGUGGCAAUGAAUCGGUGAAAUUCUUCUGAUUUGAUUACAAUUUUCACAGUUGAAGAAGAAAACAUGGCAGAAUCAAACCAUUGAAAUUAAAAAAAUUGUAAUAAUCGUGUCCUCCAAUUUCCCCCGCCAUCUCGCCGCCGCAACCGUAUUCACCUGCGCCGUCGCCACUCAUCUUUUCCAUCAACGCCGCCGUCUCCUCCGCACAGUAAAUCCAAAAGCUUCCUCCGACAUUUCAUUUCCCUUCAAAUCACACUCAACAACAGUAAAUUGCAGACAAAAAUUGAGAAUAUGAGGCUUCUGAAGGUAGCAACUUGCAAUUUGAAUCAAUGGGCAAUGGAUUUUGAUUGCAAUAUGAAGAAUAUUAAGGAGUCCAUUUCUAGGGCUAAAGAAUCGGGCGCCGUGAUUCGGUUGGGCCCCGAGCUUGAAAUCACUGGCUAUGGCUGUGAAGACCAUUUCUUGGAACUCGACACUGUCAAUCACGCGUGGGAUUGCUUGAAAGAGUUAUUACUCGGCGAUUGGACGGACGGCAUAUUGUGUAGUUUCGGAAUGCCUAUUAUCAAGGGGUCAGAGCGGUACAAUUGUCAAGUCCUUUGCUUGAAUCGGAAAAUAGUGAUGAUACGCCCGAAGAUGUGGCUCGCAAAUGACGGAAACUAUAGAGAACUCAGAUGGUUUACGGCAUGGAAGCAAAAAGACCGUCUUGACGACUUUCUUCUUCCAAGUGAUAUAUCCGAGUCUCUGUCGCAAACAACUGUACCGUUUGGCUACGGGUAUAUCCAGUUUCUUGACACGUGCGCUACACAUACCCGUGGAGGAGUUUACAUGUACAGUAAUCACCAAGGAUGUGACGGUGGACGCCUUUAUUAUGAUGGAUGCGCUUGUGUUGUUGUCAAUGGAGAUGUGGUUGCCCAAGGGUCACAGUUCUCGUUAAAGGAUGUCGAAAUGGUGGUUGCUCAAGUUGACCUAGAUGCGGUCGCUAGUCUUAGAGGAUCUAUUAGUAGCUUUCAAGAACAAGCCAGUUGCAAACCAAAAGUUCCCGCAGUUUCAGUACCUUACAAGCUUUGCGAGUCUUUUAAGCUCCAAAUGUUGCUAUCGAGUCCACUUAAGAUUCAAUAUCAUUCUCCUGAAGAGGAAAUAGCUUUCGGGCCGGGCUGCUGGUUGUGGGAUUAUUUAAGAAGAAGUGGUGCAUCUGGUUUUUUACUUCCGCUCUCUGGUGGAGCAGAUAGCUCAUCUGUCGCUGCCAUAGUUGGUUGCAUGUGCCAGCUAGUAGUAAAAGAAGUAGCAAAUGGGGAUGAACAAGUCAAAGCUGAUGCGAUAAGAAUCGGCCACUAUACCGAUGGACAGUUUCCAACCGACAGUAAAGAAUUCGCCAAACGAAUAUUCUACACAGUUUACAUGGGCACCGAAAAUAGUUCCGAUGCUACAAGAAAUAGGGCAAAAAUUCUUGCCGAAGAAGUCGGGUCGUGGCAUCUCGAUGUGUCAAUAGAUGGAGUGAUUUCUGCCUUGCUCUCUUUAUUUCAGACACUUACAGGAAAACGACCUCGCUACAAGGUAGAUGGAGGGUCAAACAUCGAAAAUUUAGGGUUGCAAAAUAUUCAGGCUCGAAUCAGAAUGGUGUUAGCAUUUAUGCUAGCAUCACUCUUGCCAUGGGUUCACAUUGACAUUACUGUAUGGAAAGAGUUUUAUCCAAGUUCGUUUCCUCCAAUCGUCAAAUUGCCAGCUUUGUUCGACCCUCGACAUAAUCCACAAUAA